UAUUGGGUACGUUAGGAGCUAAGGGGCGGGCUUGAGAGCUCGGUGUGCGGCGGAGAGGUAGGGUGCGCCUCUGUGGGGAUGAGGCGAAGAAGGCGGCAGACGCACGAAGGAGCCAAAGGAAGCGGAUGGUCAUCUGUUCUGGAUUUAACUCAGGAGAACAUGGAUGAAGAAUCAUUAACUCAUUCUUGGAGCUGGGGCCUUGUAGUGGAAUCUUAUAAUUCCUUUUCAGUUACUAUGAAAAUUUGGCUAUUCUGAAGAUUCUUCCUUACAGUUGUACAAAGUAGAAAUCACAAUGAGUUCGUGGAGUCAAGAUAAAGGCAGCUCUCCCUAUUGGGAAGACCGUAUAUUUUACUUACUUCUCCAAGAAUGUAGCAUUAUAGACAAACAGACUCAAAAAUUAUUGAAAGUACCCAAGGGAAGCAUUGGCCAGUUUGUUCAAGACCGGUCUUCAGGAGGACAUACCAGAAGCAACCCUUCAUCCAAAAGCAAAAAAUUACAAAUAGGAAUCAAGAUUUUGGAGCAGCCCCACGCCAUUCUGUUUGUGGAUGAAAAAGAAGUUGUUGAAAUUGAUGAGAAGCGAGCAGAGCUGUUGUUGGCAAUUACUAAUUGUGAAGAAAGAUACAGUAUAUUUAAAAGCAAGGCUAGACUGAGUAAGGGCCUUCAUAUUGAAGUUGGCUCACCUGUAAAAGUACAGCUGAGGGCAGGAGAUGAAAAAUAUCCUGGAGUUGUUCGUUUCAGAGGACCCUUGAUACAAGAGAGAUCGCUGUCAGGGAUAUUCUUUGGAGUGGAGCUUUUGGAAGAAGGUCGUGGUCAGGGAUUUACUGAUGGACAGUACCAAGGCAAACAGCUGUUCAGAUGUGACGAGGACUGUGGGGUGUUUGUUGCACUAGACAAACUAGAGCUGAUGGAAGAUGAUGACAAUGAACUGGAGAAUGACUAUGCAGCUCCAAUUGACUCAAUGCAGGUAGACCUUCCUCCUUUGGAGCUCAACUCCAGGGUUUCUGUGAAGAUAGGGAAGAAUAUAGAGUAUGGGACAGUUAUAUUCUGUGAUGUCUUACCAGGAAACGAGAGUUUAGGAUACGUUGUUGGAGUGGACAUGGAUAAUCCAAUUGGAAAUUGGGAUGGAAGAUACAAUGGACAACAGCUGUGUAGUUUUGCAAGUGUUGAAAGCACACUUCUCUUGCAUAUCAAUGAUGUUAUCUCAGAGCCUGUGUCUCAGGAAAGGAGACCUCCCAAACUUGCCUUUACCUCUCGAGGUGGUUGUGAUAAAGGGUUCAAUCACAAUAAGCCAAAAGGUGCAAUCUCGGACCCUGGAAUUAGAAACAGAUCAGAAUUUUUCUACACCUUAAAUGGCUCUUCCAUUGAUUCCCAGCCGCAGACAAAAUCAAAAAACACGUGGUAUAUUGAUGAAGUUGCUGAAGACUCUGCAAAAUCACUCAAUGACACCUCUCCGGGAUUCGGACAUUCUUCACCACCUCUGCAGACUCCCCCAACAAAUACCUUAUCGGCUGAAAACAGAUUUCAUUCCCUGCCUUUCAGCCUUACAAAAAUGUCCAGCAGCAACAACGCUAUUGGGCACAGCCCUCUUUCGUUAUCGGUUCAGUCAGUCAUUGGCGAGGGGAACGUGGGCUCAACACAGGAGAGCCCGCCAUCGAUGGUAGCACCUAUCAAUAUGCAUGGGCUUGAAGCCGGUUCUUUGGCAGAAGUGAAGGAGAACCCGCCUUUCUAUGGUGUAAUCCGUUGGAUUGGGCAGCCACCGGGGGUCAACGAAGUGUUAGCGGGACUUGAACUGGAAGAAGAAUGUGCAGGUUGUACAGAUGGGACAUUUAAAGGAACCCGCUACUUUACCUGUGCACCCAAGAAGGCUCUGUUUGUUAAAUUGAAAAGCUGCAGGCCAGAUUCCAGAUUUGCUUCAUUGCAGCCUGUAUCCAACCAGAUUGAACGCUGCAACUCCUUAGCUUUUGGAGGUUAUCUAAGUGAAGUGGUUGAAGAAAACACUCCUCCAAAAAUGGAAAAAGAAGGCUUGGAAACAAUGAUUGGAAAGAAGAAAGGAAUUCAGGGCCAUUACAACUCCUGCUACUUAGACUCCACUUUAUUCUGCCUGUUUGCCUUUAGCUCUGUUUUGGACACUGUCUUGCUUAGACCAAAAGAGAAAAAUGAUGUAGAAUAUUAUAGCGAAACUCAAGCGCUCCUGCGGACAGAAAUAGUCAACCCUCUCAGAAUAUAUGGAUAUGUGUGUGCAACAAAAAUCAUGAAGCUGAGAAAAAUCUUGGAGAAAGUGGAAGCAGCAUCAGGAUUUACCUCUGAAGAGAAAGAUCCAGAAGAAUUUUUGAACAUUUUGUUUCAUCAUAUUUUGAGAGUAGAACCACUGUUAAAAAUAAGAUCAGCAGGUCAAAAGGUUCAAGACUGCUACUUCUACCAGAUUUUUAUGGACAAGAAUGAGAAAGUUGGUGUGCCUACGAUACAGCAGUUACUGGAAUGGUCGUUCAUCAACAGCAACUUGAAAUUUGCCGAGGCACCCUCAUGCCUCAUCAUUCAGAUGCCUCGGUUCGGGAAAGACUUCAAAAUGUUCAACAAAAUCUUUCCUUCCUUGGAAUUAAAUAUCACAGAUCUGUUAGAAGACACUCCUCGGCAGUGCCGCAUAUGUGGAGGACUUGCAAUGUAUGAAUGCCGAGAGUGCUACGAAGACACAGAAAUUUCUGCAGGCAAAAUCAAGCAGUUUUGCAAAACUUGCAAUACCCAAGUUCAUCUUCAUCCGCGAAGACAGAGUCAUAAAUUUAACCCGGUAUCUCUUCCAAAAGAUCUUCCAGACUGGGACUGGAGACAUGGUUGCAUCCCUUGUCAGAAGAUGGAGUUGUUUGCUGUCCUUUGUAUAGAGACAAGCCACUAUGUGGCUUUUGUUAAAUAUGGCAAAGGGGACUCUGCCUGGCUUUUCUUUGAUAGCAUGGCUGACCGGGAUGGGGGCCAGAAUGGCUUUAACAUCCCUCAAGUGACUCCUUGCCCAGAAGUUGGCGAGUACCUCAAAAUGUCUGUCGAGGAGCUGCAUUCGUUGGACUCAAGGAGAAUUCAAGGCUGUGCACGGAGACUGCUUUGUGAUGCUUACAUGUGCAUGUAUCAGAGCCCGACGAUGAGCCUUUACAAGUGAAAAAUGGCAGUCUAGGAGUGAAGCUUCCCGGCGACUUGACUGGAAAAACUCAGCAAGGUUCAGGCAGGCUGUCAGCUCUCUUACGUUUGCAUCCGUUGCCGGCAAUGGAUGCUUCAGAGAGGUGGCAAGCAAAGGUCUAUAAUGAAAGAAGCAGAUUAUUUUAGAGAAGGUAAAAUAACAACAACCCCUCCAAUGUGGCAUUCUGUUGCUAAAAUACUUAAUGAGCAUUUUGCACUCUAGGAAGUGUGUGUGCGUGUGCGUGUGUGUUUUAAUAAAAAAAAUUAAAGGAAGCAUUAAGUGUUUAGGCUGCAUUUCAGAUGCAUUCUGUACAAAGGAUGAGGUUUUGCGUGUGUCCAGUGGUCACAUCAAAUGUUCUGCUUAGGCUUCAUCCAAGGAACCACAAAUCUAGGAUGGAAAGGAUUGUGUUAAGCUGUUUCUCCAGCCCUGUACUGUUUAUACAGUUAAGACACUGGGUGGGGAUCUGAAUCUUGCUCUUAAGGUUUUUUGUUUGUUUGUUUGCUUCUUUUGACCCAAUUAUUUAUUUAUUUAUUUAUUUACAGUAUUUAUAUUCCGCCCUUCUCACCCCGAAGGGGACUCAGGGCGGAUUACAAUGAACACAUAUAUGGCAAACAUUCAAUGCCAAUAGACAAACAACAUUCAGUUUUAGACAGACACAGAGGCAUUUUUUAACAUCUUUCCAGCUUCACGAUUUCCGGCCACAGGGGGAGUUGUUGCUUCACCGUCCAUUGAUGGCUGUUCUUCCUCUUCUUUUCCUCGUGAGCAGUUUUAUGGUGUUGUAGAUUAGUUAAAUUAGCCUCCCGCAUAAAGCGUCCCUAAAUUUUCCCUACUUGACAGAUGCAACUGUCUUUCGGGGCUGCUAGGUCAACAGCAAGCCGGGGCUAUUUUUUUUUUUUUUAUGGUCGGAGGCUUAACCCGACCCGGGCUUCGAACUCAUGACCUCUCGGUCAGUAGUGAUUUAUAGCAGCUGGUUACUAGCCAGCUGCGCCACAGCCCGGCCCCCAAUUACAGUCAGCCCUCUAUUUUCAUAGGGUUGAGUUUUGCAGAUUUGAUUAAAGUGUUUUCUCUAGGAAUAUUUAGGUCCUCCAGUGUGAUUCUAUGGCUGGCUCCCAGCAGAAGUUGUCCAUAAGGUUAUGCUGGAGGACCUAGACAUUUGAGUAUUUUUUCAUUUUAGGUUUUUUACUUUCAUGGAAAUAUGUGCCCCUAACUCCAGUGAAUGUGGAGGGCCCACUGUAUAUCAUGGAAGGAACAAAUCCUCUCCAGUGUGUUGCGUGGGUGUGUAAACACACUACUUUGCUAUGUUCCCAUGGACCAAGAAAGUUCAGUGUCCUCUUUUUGGUUAAUGGUCCCCUUCAACAACCAGCACAAUGUGAGCUGAUAUAACAUUUUUGUUCUUGAAGGAUGUUUGGAAUGAGAAGAGGUUCAUUGUACAGCAUCAUCCAUGCAAAUUGUUCAAAGUGUAUUCCAUGAACCGGGUACGGCUUGCAGGAUUGAGCAAAUAGUGCAAAUAACUGAAUUUAAUACAACAUGGAUGUGCCCUUGUAAUGUUACUCCAAAAAGCAAUCUGUGAUUGAUUACAAAAUAGUACCAACCUUAUGUCUUCAAUGCAGGAGUCUUUUUAAUCCUUUAUUUUUCUCCCAUCUUUUUAAAAAUACCUUAGCAGAUUUUCAGCAUGCCUUUUUGCACUAUCCUGUCGGGUUGUUUUCCCAUAAAUCUGCCUAGUUGCUUAGAAGGUCUGACUUGAAUGUAGUUUUACUAUUUAUGUGAACCAAAAGGCCAUUAUGUGGCUUGCAAAGGUGUUUAGAAGGAAAAGGAGGUGACAAGGUUCCUUCCUUUUAACAGGGAGGGUUAAAGUCUCAUUUUGUAUGCUGUUACAUAAGUGUAUGUAUGGGUUUGCAUGUGUGUGUGUACAGUGACCCUCUGCAUCUGUGGGGCUUUGAUUUCAUGAAAAGUGGCUAUCAUGCCCCAUAUUCUUAAAUGGGGGGAUGUGUGCAUGGAUACUUCAGCGCAUCUAUAUUCAUGUCACCACCAUUUCAUAUAUAGCAAGUGACAAUUGGCAGUUGGUGGAAAUCAUGCAUCUGGAACCCACAGAUCUGGAAGUUUGGAUCACAUAAAGAAUCAAGCCUCAUAAUGGAUGUAUGUCCUUAGUGUAUAUCCACUACGAAGUAAUUUUCUUGCCAGAGUUUUCCUGACCACUGAAAAAGUUAUUGAUCAUGACAGUAGCUCCUAUCCAUGAGUUCAUCUACGUAUUGAAACAACAUGGCGUGAAAAAUCCACCUUGAUUUUACUGCAUGCCAAUGAAUUACUACGCUGAUGUAUAAGCAUACCCUGCUGUAGCCUCCCACCAUUUCACAUAUCUUCAGGCUCUUGUUGAACUUGUUCACCUGUUUUAUAUAAGGGACAUUGUUUCAUUACACCAUUGUAUAUAAUGGAACUUGACCGUUCACAGAUUUUCCAUAGAGGGUCCUGGAAAAUCCAGCAGGUACCAAAUCUCACUGUUUUUAGGUUAGCCUACUGUUCCCCAAAAUCUGUUGGGACUGCAACUCCCAGAAUCCCUCAGCCACCUAGAAGGCAUCAUCUUGAGAAGGGUGGUAUAAGGAUGACAUCUUGUGUUUAUUACUCCUGCUCAUAUAGGCUUUCAGGUCUGGCUCAAGUGUUGAUAGCCUUGUAAAAAGUUGAAUUGAGGGGACACUAUUCUGCGCAACUCGUUGGGUAAAGUUGCACUACAUGCACUCACAUAAUAUUCCCAGUCUUCAAGCAUGCAGUGGAAAUCCUAUCAAUGUAUUUUUAGCCUUUUGUCUCAGGGAAUAUUAUCAAAAUGAAGUCUAAAGCCCAUAAAAUAGAAGCUAAUUGUUUGCAUUUCAUUGUGUUAUAUUUUGUGGAAGAUUGCAUAAACAUUCAUCAUCUCUAAAGACUGAGCUUCCCAAUGUAGGUGAACAAACCAUUGUCUUGCAAGUCAGUACAUACAAAAAAUACCAGUUUCUUUGAAGUAUUGAGUAUUUUUAUGAAGUAUAAACCUAAUAGUGUUUUUUUACCCAUUGGGGAGAGAAAAAUCUAUUGUACUUGCCUUAUGUAUAUUCCUAUAAUAAGGCCAGCUAAAGUGUGUAUAAAAAGGUGGAUUUUGUUAGGAGAAAUGGACUGCAAAUUAAUGUUUUGUUUGAGCUGAUCAUUAGGUUGCCUAUGUGAGUAGUUUGGGGAUCAUCUGAUGGGAGAGAGUGCUAGUAGAACACUUUAUGAUUUUUACAAAAUUAGUUCUAACUUGGCUCGGUUCUCCCAAAAAUAGAAGGGAAAGAGAGACUAGAAAGGUGAAAAGAGGAUACAAGGCAAAGAUUGUCUUUUGGGGUCCCAGAAAAGAAUACAGAAGAUUGUAUAUGUCUCCUGGGGUCCAAGUGCUAGGGGAGGAAAGAUGAAGGACGCUAUCAGUUUUUGAAUGUGGGCAGAUGUAUGGAACUUAUGAGAAGAAGUACAAGAAAGGCCCUUGAAUCAAAUAGUUUUACAAUUUUUAAAUGAGCGAGAAUGCAUGAUUUCCCUCCUAUUGUGUUGAUGUGGCUCAUGACUGUGAACUAUUGGAUUAUUAUUAUUUACAGAAGUUUGCAUUCUGUGUGUGUUUUAUAUGUAUCUCAGGUUCUUUGUACCAUAUCAUUGAGAUCUUCCAGAACUACCCUUCUCAGAGAAAGGUAUUCAUUUAUUCUUUCUUUUCUUAAAAAGGACAAGCUCAGCAUGUUGUGCCCUCUCCUUUCAAAACAGGUAAAAAAAAAACCCUGCAAAAAUGAAGUAAAGAGGGGCAAUUAGAGGUGAUAAAAGUUAUGUAUUUUGUAAGUAAAGCAAGUGUAUAAAAUAAUGCCUCUCAAACCAGAAGGGUAAGAUGCCUUCUGGAAUGAGAAUGGUUUGGCUAGAUGGCUGAAAGUUAAGCAAGAAAUGAUGUAAAUAUUGUAAGUUAAACAUGGGCAGCUUUGUACAUUUGGGAUAAGCCUAAUUACUGAAGAGGCAAAGAAGGCCAUUACUGGUCUUCCAUUGACACAUUUUUAUUAGUAUGCAUUCCCCCUUCUGUUUAUGUGGGUCUUGCAGUUUGUUGACCUCUGGAUGAGAAAGUAUGCAAACCCCCCUUCUACAGGUCCAUUUCAGUAGAGCCAAUAGUAUGAGAAGACUCUUGUGAUGGACCCAAACGAUAUGAUUUUGUCAUUUGUUUGCAUUGUUUGGUAAGAUACAGAAUAUUGCUUCAAGGCAGAAUACACAACAUUGCUUCUCUGUGAAGCAGCCUUCAGGUCUACAAAAUAUGUCACUUCUACAUAUCUUCGGUAUUUGUGGCCUAAAGGGGAACAUACAAAUACAACUUGGGCUGGAAGCUCUUGGCAGAUCAUUCAGAAACAUUUUUUAAUUGCCACGUAAGCAAUUAUUUACAAGCCAGCAAUUAGAGGCAUUUGAGAAUAGGACUUCUACUGAACUACUUCCUGUAUGUAUUUCACUCUUAAAUAUUUAGUCCAAGUGCAAAACUGAGUCAUGGUAAAGCAAAGAUCAGAUUGAACUGUGUUACAAUAACUGUGUUGCAAACCCAGUUACCUUUUCUGCUGGAUGGACUCAUUGGUCAGCUCGUUGUUUCAAAUAUUGGGGAGAGUUGUGAUCUACAAAAUAAGACCAGUCUUCUGUUACCUGAGACGUGCAGUCAGUUUACAAGUUUAAAUGCUAAUCAGUGACCAUUUUAUAAUUCUUAGCCGCUGUGGGAAAUAAGUCAGGAUUUAUUUGGAGAUUCAGGGGGAGGAGGGUUGAGCAUCUUUUCACUGGAAAGUGUCAAAUUUGAGGUGGUGUGGAGAGACCCUUGGUACUUUAUAUGUGAUGGCUUUUGAUCUCUGCUGGUCAUUUCCUCCAAUUCUCACUUGUGGUUGUCUUUUUUAUGGCUAUUAUGCAUGUAAUGGGCUCUUCCUUUUGUGAGAUAAGAGUAGAGGAAAAAAGGGUGCGCUCUUUACAACCUCUCUGUCUUCCUUCUCCUCCCAACCUCUCUUUUGUUUCAUGCAUUGCACUUAUCCUACUGUACAAAGGGGAACGGAAUUUCUGCUGAUGUGAAAUCCUUUGGUUGUAGGCUGUCUUCCAUUUUUCAUGCAGACUUUGGUACAUUUAAGCGGACAAGGAAACACUUGCAGAAAAACUUGUGGCUGAGUGAAUGUGAAGGCUGAAUUUGGAUUUUUACCUUUUACUUACGACUGCCUCUUUUGAGGUUUGCGUUUUAUUUAUUCUGCCAUUGUAACCAAAUGUGUUUUGCAUUGGCUUGCACAAUUCCUGAUGUUUUUUUUGUUUUUUUUUUAAAAUAAACAUUUUGUGAUUGAGUGCAGUUGUCUCCUUAAUGGAUUGUCUACUGAAAAAAUUAGGGAAAUGUUUGGCUUGCUGUAAUAUAAAGCCUUAAUUUCUCGGAGAGGAAGAGAGACUGUAUCAUAUACUAUUUCUGUAGUAAUAUUUAUUAAACUUAUCAUUUUUA